AUGUUUAAGAAUUUUCAUUCUUUCUUUCUUUCUUUUCAUUCUUUCUUUAAUUUUUUUCACUCAUUCUUUCUGUCAUUCUUUCUUUCUUUCUUUCUUUCUUUCUUUCUUUCUUUCUUUCUUUCUGCAGAAUUGUUUUUAGGACCCAAUAAAAUAUUUUUUUUUUCUCUCACAAUAUUUCUAUUUUCUUCUCUCACUCUUGUUUCUUUUUUAGUUUUCAUAAGCAUUGUUUUUUCUUUUAAUUCUGUCUUAUUUGCUUUAUUCUUCAUUCCUUUCUUCAUUUCAUUUCACCUUUCAUUUUCUGCUCCCUCUUCAUUUGUACUCUUUUUCUAUUUAUUUAUUUUCUUCUUUCUUUCGUUAUUUUUCCUUUCUUUCUUUUUUAUUCUUGUGAUUCAAACAAUUUUUCCUUCCCCUACAAUAAGUUUUCUCACCUUCUUUUUCUUUUUUCUGCAUUAUCUUUUUCUUUUAGAUAAGAAAGGAAACCAAUUUUUUGUAUGCUCAAGUUUGUAA